AAAUGCUGUCAACGUUCCCUAUCAAUUUCUUUUCACUCUCUUCUUUGUCUUUCUAACUUUACUUCUCUCCUAUCAAAGUUAGUGAAAUUCUUAACUCUUUGCCUCAAUUUCCACCUGUUUUUUUUCUCUCAUUUUCUUCCCAUUUUCUUUCUUCUUCACUCUAAACUAUGACUGAUUCCAAAGAUUCUUUCAAGAUGGAACCCAAAUCUUCAUCUUCAUCCAACACAACAACAACCACAACCUCAUCCUCACAAAAACAUCAUAGGACUUUCAUAAUGACCCAAAACAUCCUCAGAAUCUUAGUCAUUGUUUUCACUGCAGUUUCAGUUGUUGUUACCGUCACCAACAACCAAACCGUUACGCUGUUCAGUUUUCAGUUUGAAGCUCACUUUUAUUACUCUUCAUCUCUCAAGUUCUUUGUUGUUGCAAAUAGUGUGGUUUGUUUCUUGUCGGUGUUAUUACUGAUAUUCAAUCUUCUGAGGAGGAGGCAACAAACACAUCAACUAAAAGAUUACUGCUUCUUCCUAUUUCUGUUUGAUUUGGUGAUGACGGUGUUGUUGAUAGCUGGAUGUACAGCAACCUCAGCCAUUGGAUUUGUGGGACAGUAUGGAGAAGACCAUGUGGGUUGGACUCCAAUAUGUAACAAUGUGAAAAAAUUCUGCAGAAUCAAUUUGACUUCACUUUUGAUUUCAUAUUUGGCUUUCUUUGCCAAUUUAGGACUCACAGUAUUAAUAGCCUACAAAUGUACCUCAUGAAUGUUUCUCUUAUGAAUUUAUCAUUUUCACAUGUAUUUUAUCAAACAUGUUCCAAUAGUUGUGCCUAGUAAGGGCUGUGUUAUGUCGUUUUGUAUGAAGUUUCUUAUAUGUAAUAAAAUCUAUUAUAGUAAAAAAAAAUGAGUUUGGUGUA